GCUCUGCGCUACGUGCGUUGCCAUGUGCUGCAUCUCUUCUCCGCGGUCUGUGUGAUGCUAGAGCCUAGAACUUGCACUGCCUGCAUGAGAGGUAUCUGCUCCGUAUCUGUAUGCGAGACAACGCUGCGGUGCCGAGUCACAGCCACAUCCACCUCAGAAAGCGAGGGAGGGGAGUCGGAACUACCGGUGGCGGCUGGCUUGAUUAUUCGUGCAGUGGUGUCCUUACCAGCUCCAUGAAAGAACCUAAGACGUUGGCUUUAAUGACAGGAGCUGGAGCCUGAGGCCCGAGAAUGGACACCAUCUCCAUGCUGGGCAGUGGCUGCAGCAGCCCGUCCUACACCAACACCUCCCGCCCCUCCAUGUUCCUCCCCAACGGUGGGAUAAAGAACGGCCCCAGGGACCCUCCUUCCCAUGUUCCCGUCCCCAAGCCCACUGUGGCCAUUUUGGGCUCGGGUGACUUCUCCAAGUGCCUGGCCAUCCGUCUGCUCCGCUGUGGCUUCCACGUGGUGGUUGGGAGCCGUCAACCCAAACGGGCUUCAGAGUUCUUCCCUCACGUUGUCGAUGUGACCCACCAUGAGGACGCUGUGGGGAAAGCAGCUGUGGUUUUCCUCGCAAUCCGCCGGGAGCAUUAUUCUGUUCUCUGGGAUCUCAAGCAUCUGCUGGCAGGAAAGGUUCUGGUGGAUGUGAGCAACAACAGACGUGUGAACCAGUACCCUGAGUCCAAUGCUGAGUACUUAUCUUCAUUGCUCCCAGACUCAACAGUGGUGAAGGGCUUUAAUGUCAUAUCAGCCUGGGCUAUGCAAUCUGGGCCCAAAGAUGCUAGCCGACAGGUGUACAUCUGCAGUAAUUCUGUGGAGGGCAGACAGCAGAUCAUGGAACUGACCAGGCAGCUCAACUUUACCCCAGUGGAUAUGGGAGCUCUCUCCUCCUCCAGAGAGAUUGAGAACAUGCCCCUGCGCCUUUUCCCCGACUGGAAAGGCCCUGUGCUAGCCGCUGUGGCUCUCUCCAUCUUCUUCUUCGUCUACUCCUUCCUCCGUGACAUCAUCCACCCGUAUGUGAAGAGCAAUCAGAGUGACUUCUAUAAGAUCCCUAUAGAAUUGGUCAACAGGACUCUGCCCCCGGUGGCCAUAACCCUGCUGGCUCUGGUCUACCUGGCAGGCCAGCUAGCAGCAGUGCAUCAGCUGUACUAUGGGACAAAGUACCGGAGGUUCCCUCACUGGCUGGAGGGUUGGCUGCAGAGCAGGAAACAGCUGGGGCUGCUGAGCUUCUUUCUGGGGUGUGUCCAUGUCCUCUACAGUCUAUGUCUGCCCAUGAGAAGGUCAGAGAGAUAUCUGCUGCUCAACAUGGCCUACCAACAGUUCCAUGCUAAUGUGGAAAACUCUUGGAAUGAGGAGGAGGUGUGGAGGGUAGAGAUGUACGUGUCCUUUGGAAUUAUGAGCCUGGGUCUGCUGUCACUUCUGGCAAUCACCUCCAUUCCUUCUGUCAACAGUGCCCUCAACUGGAGGGAGUUCAGUUUCAUUCAGUCGACUCUGGGCUACAUUGCUCUGCUCAUCGCUACGUUCCACGCUCUGCUGUUCGGCUGGAAGAGAGCCUUCGAGGAAGAUGCCUACCGUUUCUACAUGCCUCCUAACUUUGUGGUGGCCCUUGCCCUGCCCGUGUGUGUCAUUCUGGGGAAGGUGUUCCUGCUGACACCCUGCGUGGGAAGAAGGCUCCACAGGAUCAAACGAGGAGCGGAAAGCAGCCAGUACCGCCAGGGCUCCGUUGGGGCAGCCGCCCAUGUCUCACCGGAGAGGAUCACCAUCAUGUAGACGGAGGGACGGGUGGAUGUGUGAGUGGAUGAACAGACGGUUAGGUGAAUGUUGAUCCUGAGAGGGGUGAUCAGACUGUGAAGUUGGACGGUGAACCCAGAGCCCUGAGGUUUGUUGGGCUACAACCUGUAUGGGUUAGACUCUUAACACUGUAGAAGAGGCAUAGGUGAUUAGCUAUUAGUAUUCGGCCAGUGCUCUAGCUAGAUACCAGGUCCUUUGCAAUGGCAGUUUUUUCACUUCAAGUGACACUGAUGGCACGCUGCCAAAAACAAAAACAUAUGGUAGCUUUUCCAACAGCAUUUACUAAUGUCAUUCUUCUGGAGCUGUCUUUUUUUUUUUUCUUAAAAGAGCUGUCAAAAUAGAAUGUCUGUGUGUCGCCAACUCCUAGAAAAUACCUUUGAUUGGAAAACAAGAAACAUGACGAUAAUGACACUGUACGUCUGUCUUGAGACGGCAUAAGAUUCAUAUCUAAGUAUUUCGAUUGUAAACAGUCUCUUGUCGCUCGUUGACAACAUUAAAGAAUCUCGUUCACUGUCCCAACUCAUACUAGGAGUAACUGGCUACUAGUGACCAGUCACAACAAGGGGCAUUUAAAAUAAAAAUGUCCCAAUAUUUUGCUUAAUGGUGUACUUACGCAGGGCUUUACAUUCAUGCUGUUGACGCUAUGAGGAACACUGUGUCUUCUAUUCUACCAUAAAAGUUCUGUUCUGUUUUCUCAUCCAUGUGAGACCUAUUGUCUGUGACCAUUUAUCAAAUAGGAAAACGUAAAAUUCAAGAAAACUUAAAAAUUCUUGGUAGAAUGUAUUGUUCGUCUGAUUCUGUUUCUUGUGUGGACUUAACCCUGGACUAUGGUUUGGUUUGUGCUGCAAAGGGCACAGUGUGAUCCUGUGACUGUUGUUUGAGUGUCGUUUAAUGCCAGUUGUAAAUGUCCUUGUUGUAAUAUUUAGCGCAGGCUUUAUUACAAAUACUGUACAUACCAAUAUACGGCCCCGUCUGUACGAGUCAUACAUUUUCAUGAACGGGGGAGAACCUAAUAAAAUGGCGACUGAGUGUGUACCAUGUAUUUUGGUAGGGGUGUUAAACAAUUCAAAUAAUUAAUCACAUUUGUUUUUGUUUUAAAUCAAUUAUUUUAUAUUUAUUCAUAAACACAAAUGUAUAGUAUAUUCAGUAAUAGUCCAUGGCUCAAUAUCUGACUUCAGCAACAUGCCUAUGAGACACAGAGAUUCAGAGACACCGAGUCCAUUACAUUUCGGAGCCCACAGUAACCAUGGCAGAGAAGGGGGAUCCUGCCAAUGUAACACAACAAUCAAUUACUGUAUGUCUGUGAACAGUAAGAUUUAGUAAAGCUGUGCCAUUAAACAGUAUAAUUGGUGAAAUUUAGCAACAAUUGUGGAUUAGCAUGCAUAAACCCGAUUCCAGAUGGAGGAGACCUCUUCGGAUUCCCAAAUCAUUUUUAAACUAGGUGCCCUGGACAUCAUGGGAGCAAAAUAAUUGGAGUGGGAAAUAUUUUAAUUUGAAAUAUUCAACAGGGUUUAGAAGAUUUUCCAGGUUAUGUGCACAUUCCCUUUUCAUAUGCAGCCAUGCGAUAAAUUUUCUAGAGGUUUGAGCAAAUUGAACAGGGUUAUAGAUUUUAUUGCCUAAAAUUGCAUUUUAAAAUGAUACACAGACCUCCAGAAAUAUUGGCAUCCUGGAUGAAGAUGAGCAAGAAAGGCUGUAAAAAAUAGCAUAGGUAUUGAGCUUGAUUUAAAAAAAAAAUAAUUGCUUGAAGAACAAGGACGCAAAACACAGUGAACAUAUUUAUAGCAGGUAUGGGGUUCUUUUCUACUCAUCCUUUCUCAUUUCAACUCACAACUGCUGGUGUGCAUGGCCACAGAGCUCUGUUUUUACAUAAUCAAACCAAAGCACUAGUUCCAAUCCAAGUGCCAGUGCUUAUAACCUCAGACAAAAUGUAACCAGGCUAUUUGGGUUACACUGGUUCUGCGGUCCUUGUUAGGAUCAACAACAUUAUGAACUGUACCCAGUACCAGGAUAUUUUGGUCAAAAGCCUGAUUGUCUCUGCCAGGAGGAGAUUACUGAAAGUCACUGAGUCAAAGCACACAUCUAAAUCCAUAGAGAAAUGGUUAUUUGAUUAACAAAAUGUACAUUUUGUAAUGGCUUUCUCCAGAUUUUAAUUGCAUUGAAACUCUUGGGUUGGAAUUGAAUAAUGUAGUUCGUAAAUGCAGACUGAAGGAUCUCAAGGGUCCGAAAAAGAAAAGUCUGUGAUCCUUUCUGGGGUCUUCUCUGAUAACAAAAAAUUUGGAGAAGUCCCAGUGCCAAUAUUCCUGUGAGAGGAGCAUGCACAAUGUCCUGAACAUAUUUCUGACACUUCAUUUUUUGUGAAUCUAUACAAUACUUGUGUAAUUUUCUUAAUUUGCCUACACUCAUCAUUAAUAAAGAACUAUAAAUGUU